AGUUUGAUUGGGAUAAAUUAGCGUAACUUUUGUUUUAAAUGCGCACGAUUAGACUGCCUACCUACUUAAAAUCAAUUUAUUAUCCUUACAUAAAUUUAUCCAAAGCACUAUUACAAAUUGUGAUAUAUUUAACUAUUAAAAUUUGUGCUCUAUUAUAUUCCAAUAUGUUGAAUAUAUAGAUUCAUCAAACAAAGAAGAAUUAUAAGUGGGUAUGUAAAAUGUGUGGUGAAAAACAGUCUAUUAAAAGACAUUAUGGUAUAGGCUCAGGAAAAGAAUGUAGAUUACAUGUUCAAAAACUCAAUAAAUUGCAGUCUGAAAACCAUGCAGAUUCUGAUAUUUUUGAUAGUGGAAAAUCUGAUUCAGAUUCUGAUUUAGCAGAUGCAACACAAGACAUUGAACCAAUUCCACCAAAGGUCAGUAAAUGGUCGCAUUAUACUGAUGAAAAUGAUGUUGAAGAUCCAUUUUCCAUAAACUGUAGAGGUAAAGAAGAAAUUCCAAAAACAUCUGAAAAUAAGAUUUUUCAUGAUAAAGAGCAGUGCAAUAGUGAUGGUAGUGUAAUUAAACAAUGUAGAAAAAUAUAUAAUAAUCAAAAUAAAAGAAAGUAUGAAAGUUCAAAAUUUGUCAAGCCAUCUUCUAAUAAGCAAAGGAAUUCUUUUAAUGAAACAAAUAAAUCUUCGGAAUGGGCAACUUUUGUAGAAAACAACUCACAAGAAGGUGAUUCUUUUAUACAUGGUGACAAUCUUUGUGUAGGAAAUAAAUUCUUAUAUAAAGAUACUGUAAAUAGCUGUUCCAAAUGGGUUGACUUUCUAGACAAUGAUGAUGAUGAUGAGGAUUGCAUUGAACAGCAUGCCAAUAGUGAAAAUAAGAUUAUCUGUAAAGAGUCAAAUAUGGUAGCAAAAACAAAUAAUUCUCCCACAAAAGAUAAUAUAUCCCAUGACACUAAUAAAAUUUUGUUAAACUUAAAACAAAGUGAUACACCAGGCAUAAGUAAAACUGUAGUAUGUAAGGAAUCAAUAUUUUCAAUGUCUGAUGACCAAGAUUUAGAUAGUAUUCUGGAUUUAUAAGCUAUUCAAUAAAAUUCUAUAAGUUU